CACAUGAUGCCACAGGGGACUGAUGAUGACUUCUGGGGUCCUCCAGGGCCUGUGACUACUGAGGUGAUUGACAGAGAGAGGAACUUGUAUCGAGUCCAGUUCCCUAUGCCUGGUUCCUACCACUGUCCCAGCACAGGACUCCACUUUGUGGUGACAAGGGCAGUGACCAUCGAGAUUGGAUUCUGUGCCUGGAGCCAACACCUGGACAAGACUCCCUUGCAAUACAUGUACGUGGUGGCUGGGCCUCUGUUUGACAUCAAGGCUGAGCGGGUAGCUGUGGCUGCUGUGUACCUCCCUCACUUUGUGGAUCUCCAAGAGGGACAGGUGGACAUCUCCUCAUUCCGUGUGGCCCACUUUCAAGAACAGGGGAUGGUCCUAGAAACUCCAGCCAGAGUGGAACAGCAUUACGCAGUGCUGGAAAACCCAAGCUUCUCCCUAGUAGGAGUUGUAAUGAGAAUGAUUCCUGGUUUUGUGCGCUUCGUCCCCAUCACUUCCAUCACACUGAUCUACUAUCACUUCAGUCCCAGGGAUGUGACAUUUCACCUCUACCUGGUCCCCAAUGACUGCACCAUUCGGAAGGCCAUUGAUGAUGAAGAAAUAAAAUUCCGAUUUGUUCGAAUAAAUAAGCCACCCCCAGUAGACUCCCUUUAUAUUGGUUCCCGCUACAUCGUAUCUGGUUCCAGGAAGCUGACAAUCAUCCCAAAGGAGUUAGAGCUGUGCUACCGGAGCCCCGGGGAAUCCCAGCUCUUCUCUGAGAUCUAUGUUGGCCACAUGGGUUCAGGGAUUAAUCUACAAAUCAGAGACAAGAAGAGCAAGAAACUGGUAUGGGAAACCUUGCUGAAACCAGGGGAUCUCAGACUUGCACAGCUCAUGAUGCCUGCAGUUCACAAAGAUAUUCCUGCCUCACUACACUUCGUGGACCAGCAUAGGGAGCAGCUGGUGGCCCGAGUGACAUCAGUGGACCCUCUCUUGGACAAGCUGCAUGGUCUGGUGCUGAGGGAAGAGGAGUAUGAGGCAGUGCGGGCUGAAGCCACCACCCAAGACAAGAUGCGGAAGCUGUUCAGCCUCGGCCGCUCCUGGAACAGGGCCUGCAAAGACCAAGUCUACCGAGCUCUGAAGGAGACCCAUCCUCACCUGAUCAUGGACCUCUUUGAGAAGUCAGGCGGGAUCUCUGAGGGGUGAGCACUCUCCUCUGAGUCCUGGCUCUGCCUGACCUUCCUUUGGCCCUCGGUUUCUCUGUUUAUAAACCAGUGGCCACCUGAGUUGCCUUUCUGACGCCACUGUUUCCAGGACAGCUCUUUGUGGACCCAGAAAAGCUUAGGGAAUUAUAGGGGGUAUGGAUUCAGUCCCCCCUGGGACUGUCGGAGAGAGUGGCAUUUCAGGCUGUCCGGCCAUGUGGCCACUUACUCACCUCUCCGAAUUCCCUCAGCACAGGAUCUGGGUCUCUUGAAGGGAUCUAAGGAUCUUGCAGACAAAAAGCCAGAUCUUUUGGUGCUCUUGCAUCAAGAAUCAGAGCACUAGCCGGGCGGUGGUGGCGCACGCCUUUAAUCCCAGCACUUGGGAGGCAGAGGCAGGCGGAUCUCUGUGAGUUUGAGGCCAGCCUGGUCUACAAGAGCUAGUUCCAGGACGGGCACCAAAGCUACAGAGAAACCCUGUCUCGAAAAACCAAAAAAAAAAA